GGAAGGAACAACGUUACGUGUAUAUAAGCGGUGUACGACGGCGGAGAGUUUCACGUCGAACGGUGUGGAGAGGUACAUUGUAAAGAAAGGAGGUGGCGGUAGCGAUGGAGGGGAAGGAUGCUCUGUCGAUGGAGAGUGUGCGACUGGCGGCGGCGAUGGUGGAAAAGCGGUGGGGGCAGUUCCACGUCGCAGAGCGAGCCGAAAGACGAUGUAGGCGCGCUCGCCGGAUCGAGCUUCAGUGUCGUUCCGACCGCCGUUUCGUACGGUUGUCCAAGAUAUAACGGUGGCGAAAUUAUUCGUCGAGGUGUUUUCCCGUUUGUUUCGUAUCGAAACCGCACUCCGGUGAUUAGGAAUCAGUGUCUGUCUGUUCGGUGAUCGAUCGGUAAAGACCGAUGAUGAAAAUGGGCUAAAACACGGUGGUUAGGUGUCCGAGCACCGAAGACGUCGCGUUGGGGAUCUGGGUCAGUGGAGUAUAGGAAAGGUGUGGAUGUGUCGGGUGAUUAAUCGGUGAGGUGCGAUUAGCCGAUUGUUUGUCGAGAGGCCAAGUGGUAUCUUUGGCGGGUGGUCGAGUAAGAUGAGCCCGGCCUCCCAGGGCGGCGUGGAGGUGGAGCGUUACAUCGGCAGUUGCUUGAUAUCAUCGAACAUCAGAGGUGGAUCACAGAAGAUCGCGGGUAAGAAACAGGAGCCGGUGAUCCGGGGCAAAAGUCGAAGCUGUUACGGCGGGCAGAAUUUCGCGAACGGCACCGAGCAGUGUCAGGUGCAGUAUGGUGCGGGCGGAUGGACAGGUGCCCCGUUGAUAUCCAUGACGUCCAGUCCCCGCAGAUGCAAUCAACAGCAACAGCAGCAGCAGCAGCAGCAACAGUCGCAGCAGGUUUGCGAUCAGCAAGUGUCGGUUCACCUGCACAAGAAUCCGCUUUCUAGACUGGCCAUUCACACGCAGGGAGCGCCGCUGAUCCUGGCCGGUAGGUUUCACAAUCGCGGCAAGGUGCACACCAACGGCACCGCUAAUGCCGUUGGCAACACGGUGUGCGGUAACGCCGCGGUUAAUAGUUACGUUCACAACACUGGGAACACCGGCACGAUGAACGCAGGGGUCAGGUGUCCACCGGCUCGGCCGCAGAGAUCUAUGGAACUGUCGAAGAAACAGCAAGGGAAUCCCAAGUCCGAGAACGCGGCGGCCGGCAACAGUAUCGCGAACAUCGAUUCCCUCAGCAUCGCCAGCGACGAAAGUUCCGGCUCGAACAAUUCCGAGAACAGUCUGCCGCGGAUCAUCAAGCCUAGGAAACGCAGAAAGAAGGACAGGAAACCGGCGAACAACGUGGCUAUCUCGACGGACGUUGCGAAACACGAGGAGCAGCAACAUCAGUCCGGUGGUAGCGUAGCAAGCAGCGAGCAGAGCAACGUGGUCGCCUUAAAACCGUACGUGCCCGCUUGUUACGAGCCGCGUUACGAGGCUGUGCCUGCUCACCUUCGAAGCCACAGAAGGCCAGGUCUCGGGAGGGAAGGCGCCUCGAUGUACGGCAUGUCGAUGCAGGAGAUGGUAGACUGCAGGCAGAGGUACGCGCAUCGACACGCGGAGACGAAAGUGUUGGACGACAAUCGGAACGUCGUGAUGCCAGGGCAGAUGCGCGCCAUCCUGCCGAAAGAUUACACAAGACACAACGGUCCUCCGCGUUACCUGCACGAGGACGGCGUUAAGGACGGGCUUGGGUCGUGUCAGUGCCGGUACUGCGACCCCUCGGCGCUCAUAUGGGACGUGGAUCAAAACUGUUACUCGCCAUUCCUCACCCCGUCCCCGUCCACCGAGUUCUGUCCCAGCCACUACUCUCAGAUGCCGCUCUUCUUGUCCCGGCCGAGUUUAAACUGCCCGGAGCAGAACAUCGACAGGCUGUUCAACGUGGACGCGGCGCGGCUUCAGGAGAAGGACAGCUGCGGCUCCAACGGUGUGGUACUCAGGCGCAGCUGGAGUGAUCCGACCAGUUACUUCAGCGAGGAGAUCGCCGCGCCUAGCAGAGACGUCGGGGUGAUCGGCGACAGGGGACAGGCGGAAAGCGGGAAGCGUCGAACGCUGUGGCGCGGGGACACGAUUGGUGUGCCCACAGGCAACGUUGGAUCAGCAACCGCGACGGGGAUGAACCUGGCCUCGCCUAAGGGCCUCGAGGUGUCGACGGAAAUCAUCACCUCGCCGAACGGUCACAGGGACCUGGAGAUCAAAUUCUAUUCCGCCUCGCCUAACGCUGCCCCGACCGAGGAGGCGGACGAGGACGAGGACUUUAGCGACAUAUGGAGUUAUCACGAGUCGAAGCUGCAGCAGGACUUUCGCACACUGCUGCAGGCCGAGGAAUGAGCGCGGUCUUUGGGACCGAAAGGGAAAGCAUUGGUCAAUGGUGAUCCGUGUGCUACCGCGUGACUACUGUGAGUGUGAGCGUGGGUUAUGAAGAUCCAGUUGGUCCGUUUUAGGGAUUCGUCUCGCGUUGCCGCGUCCUCCGUUUCAGCCACCUGAUUAGGUCCAACGACUUAGCCCUCGGACCCAGACCCGUUUGGACUAUUAACCGAAAGACUCAGAGAUAGUCCUAGCCAGUGCUGUCCACUUAGGCGGUGAUGAAAAUCCUUGUGUGAACGCGUACACAUUACUCAACAAUGGAAGGCUGUGGGGAGUCCGGCUUCACUGGACGCUGCGGCAGCCCGAUCCCUCGGUGCCCCCCCUCCCUCGCCCCCAGCCGUCCGAGGGUUAAACGUAUCGCGCGUUACUUUCUAACGCCAGCAAGAAGACUGUAGUGUAAAAGUGGAGAAGUAAAUUAGGGUGAACAGCUUUUGGACCUUACGUACCCUAGCUAUUUAGCCUCGUGCGACGGCCACCGCGUCGCCAGCAGUCCUCGGCGAAACGAUCAACCAGCGUAACUGACGGUAACGAGCAAAACUACGUGUCGAACGAUUCUUCUUCCUAACGGUGUACGUUGUAUACACGUAGUAUACGUGACGUGCGUGCACCGGUGAAGCAUGCACGAGAGUAGGUCUGAAGGAUCGUGGCUCUGCCUCGUACCCGUUUAUCGAUGACAACGUGCCACUAAUAAACGCUGCUCGGACUCGCGUUUUUUCCCUCUUCCGCGUCCUCCCUAUUUACCUUCGGAUACUACGAACUUGUGAUCUAUUCGAUUCUUUCGGUAAAACGAAAUAUAUCUGAUACCAGCAUCAACGGUAGAUGAUUUUCAGUCGAAACGCGCCGUGGCGAAUGGGAUAAUCACAGUCACUCAGUGUCCCGUGAAUAAUUGCCUUUCGAUCGAACGCCAACGUUUUCGGUGUGCGUCCACCUGUCCGCGCGCGUGUGUUUUUCUCGUCAACGGUUGAAACGGUGUGCCGCGAUAUUUCAGACGCAUCCUCGAAUUGGCUCGCCGCGUUUGCUUCGCGUUAACUGUUCGGUUCGAACGUAGCGCUGAGACGAAUCUAUCGACCUGUUAACCGGGUAAGACGAAGUAACUCGUCCGAUUCAUCAGCAUUCAUCAGAGAUAUUUGUGUCCGAAUGUAUCAUCGUACUUGCGUUAACCCUUUUACUAUGUACGAUGUUCAACAGUGAAAGGGUUGACCAGCCAGACGAAUUAAGUCGUUUUCAUUUAUUUUCUAUGACGCGUAUAGGAAAGAAAUGAUUUCUUUCCCCGGUUAACAGGUCACACUGGUGGACAAAAUAACGAGAUGUUGAAAUUUAUUUUAGUUUGUUAUUGAAAGGAAGAUUUAAAGGAUUGCUAUUUGCUACAUUAUGAUGUAUUUUCUUUCAUAAUGAAUGAAAAUAUUAUUAUAAUUUAAAAGAAAAUUUUUCACUGAAAGUCAAUGAACUGUCUUCUUAUUUUGUCUAUCAGUGUAAUUACGUCGCGUUUUACACUGAUCAACUUAAGACUACGUAUUAGGGUCCAAUAGUUUUCAAUUAGACUACUCCUAACUUUUUUUUAUAAGAAUUAGUUAUUUACUGUCUGAAGAUGAACGAGUAAUUCUGAAAUAUUGUACAUAAAUUUUCUUCGGAAAUCUUCAGCUUUGUAAAUGACGAUUGAAAUUUUAAUUAAAAGUUGGGUAUAAUUUGGUUUCUUCCAUUUAGACUAUUUUUAUUCUGUCAUUAUAACAUAUACCAUAAAAACGUAUUGAAAAUUAAUUUGUUAUAUGUAACUUAAAAUUAGGUGCUUUUGGACCUUAAUACGUAAAACAGCGAUAAAUCCCUCGAACUUUCAUCGAAAAUAUAUUUAACACGUUGACUGUCACGAUCUAAUAACA